GCUUCGUCACAUGUUUAGCAUACCCUGGGACCAGCAGAGCGGAAUCAUGUCUGACGCUGCUUUCUACUCGAACACAACACGCUGAAAAUUACACUUCGUUAACUGACCUUGCAACAACAAUGAGCGGUGAAGAUGAAGCAGAGUUGAACAGAAAGGAGUCGAUUCGUAUGAAACAAUACAUGCUCGAUAAAGCGGGAGAGCGGGAGAAUGCACACAGAAAGGCUUUCACAAAAUGGGUCAACUCCAAACUUGCAGAUCACCCUACUGAGCCCUGCACCAUCAAGGACGUGGUCACUGAUCUUCAGGACGGAAGAAUGCUUCUCAACUUACUGGAAGUGUUGACUAGAAAAAAGCUGAAAAAGGAGAAGGGAAAUCUGCGAGUGCACAAAAUUAAUAACGUUGAGCGAGCUCUGGUCUUGCUGGACGAGUGCAAGAUAAAAUUGGUCGGGAUCAAUGGAUUUGAUAUUGUCGACGGAAAGCACAGAGUGAUAUUGGGACUUCUGUGGAGUAUUAUACUUAGAUUCCAGGUUGAAGAGGUGAUGCAACAAGAAGUAAACGCAGAAUCGGCAAAGAGCUUCACGAUAGAGAAACGGCUGCUUGAGUGGUGCCGUGAGAGACUGGACGGCUAUGAUGUGGAGAUCAAUGAUUUUUCCUCCAGCUGGCAGAAUGGUCUGGCUUUUAGCGCAAUCCUGCACUCCUACAAUCCUGAAGCGUUUGAUUACACCGAGGUCAAGCAGAUGGGCACUACAGAACGACUAGAGCACGCGUUUCAGUCAGCGGAGGAUGGCUUUGACGUGCCCCGGAUUUUGGACGCGUCCGAUGUGAACGUCCCACGCCCGGACAAGAAGCUGAUCAUCUUGUACUUGUCAAGCAUGUAUGACAAGCUCGAGGCGGCCCGGGAGAAGAACGAUAGCCAGGUGCACGAAGAAGAAGUUGUGGUAAAGGUUGAUGAAGAAGUGGAGAGUGCGUUACAAGACAGCUGGGAUGAACUGGAUGCCAGACCACACAGGUCACGUGAGGAGCGUGACAAGGCAAAUAAUGAGUUGACCCGUAAGCUGGAUGACCUCGAGGCAGCGAUAGACGAUGCAGAAUACCGCAGACCAGUCACUAAGGACUCAGAUCUUCUCGAGCUACCAUCAUGUAAUGCACACCUCAACAGACAUAAGAAAUACGUGGUAACCCUGGAUUCGCUGAAUAAGUGCGCCAAAGAAGUGAUGGACGAGGGGAAAGUCGUCAUCAACGAUGGCUACAUCGACGAGGACAGAGAAAACUACUUUGUUCAGCGGAUGAAAGACACAGAAGAAAGAGUACAGACGUUACACACAGAGGGAUACGCAAACAAGGAAAAAGUCGCGACGGUCUACAUGAUAUUACUGAAGCAGCAGCUACGCCGUAUGAACGAAUGGGUAUCAUCAACCGAAAGAAAGAUCGCACAAGACGUUCCACCGAUCGGCCAUGAUUACGAUACGAUAAAAGAACAAGCCGAUGAACACCAGAAACUUCAUACAGACAUCGCUGACCACUCAAUGUUGCUCAUCAUGUCAGAAGUCGAUACAUCGGACCCAGCCCUCGACCAAGAAACUCGGACACAGCUCAAGUCUGCCGCUAACCGCUAUACCGCGCUGUGGGACUGGUCCGAGGCCCGCAAGGCACGGCUUGGUGAGGCUUUAGGAGACUGGAAGAAGUUCAGGGACGAGGAGCUGUUGUUGCUGAACUGGUUGGCACAGAAGGAGAAGGUUCUGAAAGAGAUCAGUAACACGGACCUGAUGGAUUGCGAGGAGGUUAAAAACAGCGAGAAGACCCUACAGGACAUCGAAGAAGAGCUUUCUGCUCAAGAGGAGCGCCUGGAAGCCUUGCACCGUUAUGGCGAGGAGCUCAUGCAGAAAGCAGCAGACGAUGACGCGACAGUUCACGAGAUUGAGACACAGCUGAAAGACUUUGACGAGUGUUGGAAUGACGUCGCAAAGCAAGUCAUUGACCACAAGGAGAAGCUUUCUAGCGCUGGUAAGAGGAUAACAGAGAUGCGGGCACACAUGAAGGAGGUCAACGAUUGGAUGGAUGACGCCAACAAUAUGCUCACGGAUAUAGCUGCUGACCCGGAUCAGGACGAAUACAACAGGCUCAAAGACAAACUAGAGCUGAAGUGCGACGAGCGAGGUGCAGUGGAGAAAAAAGUGUCAGGCAUAGAGCGCCUGUCCUCUGACAUUCAACCGCUGCUUGAUACAUCGUCGGCUCAGAUACUUGAGGAAGAGACUGAUGCGUUCAAAGAUAAAUGGUCCGCGACGAAUUCAGCGCUCGAGAGCUUUAGCGACAAGGGGUACAGCGACAAAAAAUCGGAAUGCUGUCUCAUGAGAAUCAUACGACGGAAGUUCAAAUCCACAAAUAAUUGAACCAAUCAUAUGUCAGACAGAAAUGAUCUUUAUAGCCUCGCAAUGAUGUUUCUUUUACCUUAUUUGCAGGUUGCCCUUUGGGUAUUUCACAUUUCACUAAACUUACUGCAUUCGCAUAUAGGAUAGACAGAUCCUAAGAAACAAAUUGAUCUAGCGAACUCUAUAUGUUCUCGUAACAUUACCGGUUAAAAGGGACAAAAAAUAUGUAACACAUUUAAGAUUUAAAAAUUAGUUUCAAAUUAUAUUUUUCUAUCCCCCCCAAAAAAUCACAUCGUACUCUUUCUUAAUAAUGAAUCAAAGAAACUAGGAAUAUCUUAGUAACAAUAGUUUGGAAUGAGAAAGAGUGAAAUAAGGGAGAAAAUUGACGCUUUAACGCUUAAAUGUUUUGCCCAUUUUACGGUUAACGGUUGAGACCCUUCUUUAUUGCCUUUUUGUCAAAUGUAUUUCUUAAGCAUAUUUUAUAAAGAAUAUAACGAACUUAAAUCAUUUGAACAUUUCCGUAAAUAAAGCUUGCAAAUACAGCGACAAACUUUCUAGUAUGUCUCUGAAAUUGUUCACAUUUUUUGCGACAAGAAAUUCGUAUCCGAAUACAUAUAAUAAGCGAUAAAGGGAAAAAUUAAAACAUUAAUUCUGAUUGUUCA